CUCACCCAGAACACGAGAAGAAGAGCCCCAAGAUGCUGUCGCCCGUGCCGUCGCUGCUGCUGCUGUGGAGUGUGUGGCUGGGUGCCGUGGCCGCAUCUAUCUACCCCGUGGAGAGCAGUUACUGGGUGCCGCCGUUCCAGCGUGCUGAGAAGCUCUUCGCCACGGAUCAAGGCCCGAUCCUCGCGCGGACAGGCAACUCGUCGGUCACUAUCGACAUCAGUGGCGUGAAUGUGACGCAGGAAAUGGCAGGCUGGAGACUCGUGGUCUUCUUCUACCACGUGGACAACUACGAGGACUUUGAGACCGUGGCAGGCAAGAUUGAGCUGCUAGCGUGCUCUGACGUGGAAGGAAUGAAGUUCGAUGGCAUGUCCGAUGUCCAACGCUUCGUGUUCACCGUGGCUAAUGAGACCACGCCCACCGUGAGUGCUAACGUAUCGCACCUUGUGAACUCGAGCGGCUGGACAGACACGCAGAUCUUCGUGUGUGCUGAGGACGAGGGCGCUGCGACGGAGACGCUGACGUUCACAGGAUCUAUGGAGGUGCGCAACCCGUACGGACUUCUGCCCGCAGUGCUGUACGGAAUGCUGCCGUUCAGCGGUUUCUUGACUGUUGGAUACCUGGUGCUGGACGUAUUUUUCGUGUUCCUGCUGAUCCGUCACCGCCGUCAAUUGCUCUCUCUGCACUGGGGUAUCUUGCUCAUUUUGGUGAUGGGAACUGCGGCUUCGGCUGUUUGGUUUUACGCUUUCUACAAGAUGAACAAGACAGGAGAACCUGUGUGCUGCCCCUACCCGACGACAUUCUUGAUCGCUGUGAUUUUGGAUACGUUUGUGCGCACACUGGCGCGUGUGAUCUUGCUGAUUGUGUGCCUUGGCUACGGCAUCGUCCGAAGCCACCUGAGUCGUGUUGAAGUUGGUGUGAUUACCUUCUUAUCGCUUGCGUACUUCAUAUCGGGUAUCGCUGAUGAGGUUACGCGCGGCACGUCGAGUGGUGCUGACUUCCGUGAGAAGCCGACGGCCUGGUCGUUCAUCCAGUUGCUGUGCAAUCUCGCGUUUAUCAUGUGGAUCCAGUUCUCCAUGGAGCGUAUUCUCCGCGACCUGCGGGAUCAGAAGCAGUUUGCUAAGCUCAGCAUGUACCGCUGGCUGGCCUGGUCGCUCGCCGCUUUCAUCGUGUUUUUCACGGUUCUCACGGUCGUUGCCGUCUGCAGUCGACUCGGUGUGUUCGAGUGGGACGUCGAGUGGGAGUGGAUGCAGCUUGUGGCUUGGCCUGUGUUGAACUUUAUCGUUUCAGCUGCGAUGACUUUGAUCUGGCGGCCAACGCAGAACAGCUCGCAGUUCGCGUACUCCAUGCAGUUACCGAUGACUGAAAGCCCGGGAAUCGAGAUGACACGUAACACGCAUGGCUCAUCGUCUGACGAGGACAUUAACCCCGAGAUUGAGUCGGACUCGGAUGAAGAGAAAUCCAGUCACCAGGAGAAGAAACAAAAGAGUUACAGCAAAGAUAGUGACGAUAUGGAAGGAGUUUAGGUGCGUGGGCUACUCGAUUUUGUAUUGUGCAGUCUGCAUAUUGAUUCGGGUGGCGAAGGCACGGUCAAAAAAAAAAGCGGUCAUUGUACGGAAGUCGGUGCCAAGGAGUCGAGAACUUGAGUACGGAGGUGUUUACAUGUGCUUACUGUCUCCUAUCUUUCACGCGUCCUUCUUAUGGUCGCGUGUUAACCGCAGAGCAAUGACA